AUGCCUCCAGCCAAGAAACAGAAGAACUCGCGCCAUUCUGGCGUCUCCACGCAAGAUGACCACAGCGACAGCUCAGACUCUGCCUUUGAAUCUGUGCGCCCGCGCAAAAACAAUAAGCGCAAGAGCACGGAAAGUGCGGGUGACGAGAGCCAGAACGCGAGCAAGUCUGGAGACCCUGCAAAAUCACCAUACGACUAUAUUACCAUUCACCGCCCUCUCUUCGAUGUACUAGGCGAGAAUUGGCUCGCAUGGUCGUCCAACCCGUCGGCCCACGUCGAGGAAGAAGAUGUCUACAGUAAGCUGUACAAGCCCAAUUUUGAACGGGAGAAGAAGGACGGUAUCGGCGGAUCUCCACCCGAGAAACAUCCAGAACACAAGUGGGUGAUAAUGCGGGAGGCAUUUAACAAGAGGGAUCUGCUGGCCCGAAAAGCGCACUACUGUAACCCCGACAACUUCGGCAUGUACAUUUACAACGAUUGGGCAAGUUGGGGGAUACUUGAGAUUGCGGAGAACAUGAUGAUCGAGUUUAACAAGGCCUAUCAGUCAAAAGCGCCCACGCGUCUCGAAGAUAUAUGGGUCGUCAUCAGCACCGUAGGUAUAUGGCUCAAUGACGGGGAACACAUGAGCCUACUCAUCAGCGGCGAAGGCGACGAUGUACUGACGUUCAUUGGUCUUCUUGGCUGUGCAUUACUAACAACUCUUGCGGCCGUAGAGAAGGCAGGUGAACUUAAACCAGAUUCACGUUUUCUCGACCUGACACUCGUCAUGGCUUACUACAUAGAGAUAUCAUAUGAUCUCCCUGCCUAUGGUGUUGAGGGUGACUGCGUAGGAUGGCGCAAACACCUCGUACGCUACUUCGAGAAGGGCAAUCUGGAUCCAGCCAAGGGCCUCUCAACGACAAAAGUAAGAAUUGAGAAACUGAAGAAGGUGAACAAUUACAACGAGGAGCCUGGUGCGUCAGAUUCCGUAGCCGAUCUCCCUGAUAUGUGGGGUGAUAAUCCAGUGUUGAAACUACUCCGGGAAGAAAACAACGAAAAAGAAAAGGAAGGACCAGAAGGUGCAGACAAGCCAUCUGGAUCAUCGAAUGCUAAAAAGAGUAAAGGCAAAAACGCAAAGAACGAAGAUGAUGUUUGGAAUUGGGUCAAGGUUUUCAAGGCAUACAAGAAACUCAGAAGCCCAGUAAUGGGUGGUCAACACUACGAUAUCACCAAGAUGUCUCGAGCUGAACGAGCGGCGGCGGCGUUUGAUCACCAAGAUCCCCUCGCCGACAUACCAGCCAAGGAGCUGAGAAACAAUCUGAUAGAUAUCGAGUGA